AUGGCGAAGAAUAAACCACCCGCGCCGCUUAUCUCGUCCUUAAAGCCUGGACUACCUCCGCCGCAUCCAACGGCUUCGUCAGGCCGACUGCAGCGAGCUCACAGCGAUGCAGCGAAGCGGGUUCAGUUCGCGACAGCUGGCAUGCCGCCAUUGGAGGAACAGCUACACGGAGCCGGCGCUGCUAGUCAUGCCACUGCAGACAGCCAGAGUGAGUUCGGAUUCGUUUUGGGUAGAAAGGAACGACGUUACUUCCCUCUCUACCUCCCCACGUUUGUGAAUUCUCAAAAGCAGGCACCCAGUGAGUUCCGUUUCCUCUUGGUUAGGGAGGAACGACUUGACUUCUCUCCCUCCCCAGCUCUCUCCAUCCUGAGCCAUUCCUUCUGGUUCAUCUUCAUUUCGAAACUGAUUUGGGACAUUGGGUCGUCAGGCGGCCUGAGGCGCACACAGACGCUCGACUCGCACUCCUUGUAUCCCGACCUUGAUAAGAUCAUGGAGGAGAAGGAGCAGGGGGUGGAUUUCUGGAAGGUUCGGUCUACGAGCCUGGAGGUUCGGAUAAAAGAGGCGGAGGACGCUCGGGCGAGCAUCACUGCGCAGGCUGUGGCUCUGGCACAACGCAACCAGGAGCUGACGAGCCGACUGAGGCAGUUUCAAGAGGAGGGCGACACAGCAGCGUUUGCAGCCCUGGAGCAGCAAUUAACAGACGUCAAGCUCCGCCUAGACCGCGCCCUCCACGAAUGCUCCUCCCUCGCCGGCACCAGCAGCGGCAGGGCAGCACUCGGAGGGGCUCUGGGGCUGGAUCCUGCUGGGAACAUCACCAUGAGUACCAUGAAUAUGGAUAAUAAUCUGAACAGCAGCAGUGGGGGCGAUUUGGCCGCGUUAGGGUUAGGGUUAGGGUCUGCUAGGCGGAUGGGCGCUGGGAGUUAUUUUCCCGAUGCUGCCGGGGCUGCUGGGGGGGGAGCGGGGCGCGUGGGGGGGAAGGGAGGCGGAAAAGGAGGAGGGGGGGUGGGCGGGGCGAGUGACGGGUUGAAUCUUCAGGUGGCUUUGGAGAGAGCGCCGUUUAUGAUUGCGCAUUUGGAUACGAGCCUGAGAUACACCUGGGUGUUCAACCACAACCUGCUGGUCAAUCAGGAUAUGAUAGGCAAGAGGGACUAUGACAUUCUGCCACGUGGCACCCUGGGAGUGGAGGAGGCGAUGGAGAUCAAGCAGCGGGCGCUGGCCACAGGCAAGGCGCAGCGCGGCGAGGUGGUGUGGCAGCUUCCUGGAAGGCCCCCCAUGGUUUGGGUGACGACUGCCCGGCCAAUCAGAGACGAGAAGGGACGGACUGUGGGCGUGACUACAUCGAGCGUGGAUAUAACUGAAGAGGCGCAGUACAAGGAGCGGCUGAUGGCUUUAAGAGCCGAGAUGAUGGUGCGCAGCACAACGGAGAAGGAGCUGCGGCGCGCAUACGAGCUCACAGAGGACGCCAUGCGCGCCAAGUCCAUGUUCCUCGCCAUCAUGUCCCACGAGAUCCGCACGCCCCUCAACGGGAUCCUCGGAUUGGCCGAAGUCCUGCUCGAAUCUGGAGCGUUGGAUGAGGAGCAGCGCGAGAUCGUGGAGACGAUGAUGUCUUCCGGCGUGAUCAUAUCGGAUAUUCUCGCGGAUAUUCUGGAUCUUGCGAGUAUGGAGGCUGGAGAGAUGAAGCUGGAGGAGCAUCCCUUUGAGCCCGUCGCCGUGGUGAAUCAUAUCUUGAAAAUGGCCAUGGCUGCGACUAAAGAGAAGGGGAUUAAAGUCCUAGCGGAUAUUUCCCCGGAUAUCCCGACGCAGAUUAUAGGAGACGAGCUGCGCGUGCGGCAGGUGAUCAAAUACCUGGUUCUCAAUGCGAUUAAGUUCACGCACACGGGGCACAUCUUGCUGCGGGUGUCGGCACACGAUAGGGAUCCCUCUGCUGCUAUCGUGAAGGCUACUGCGGGGGGAGAGAAAGGGAAGGGGAAAGCCGCAGCAGCAGCAGCAGCAGCAGCAGCAGAAAGACAGAUAGGCGGAGACAUGGACGUGUGGCUGUGGUGCGAGGUCCACGACACAGGCGUGGGUAUCCCCAAAGAUGCCUUCCCGCUCCUCUUUGAGAAAUUCACCCAGGUGGAAGGCGGCCCGACGCGAGCCUACGGGGGCACUGGGCUGGGCUUGGCUAUCUGCAGACAGCUAGUAGAGCUUAUGCACGGGAAGAUGGCGAUAAAAUCCAAGGUCGGGACCGGGUCAGUGUUUGCGUUUUCCGUGUGCUGCCAGCGGACCACUCCCCGCUCCCGCCCCGCGUCGCCCACGGGUGCGAGCGCGAUUGCUGCGGCUGUGAACGCGCCGUUUGGGUUUCCCAAGAGUGUGUCUGUGUCGGGACCUUCGCCUGGGGGAGGGGCUACCUGGGGAGGUGCGUCUGGUGCCGGCGCAUUGGCGGGUGCUCCUGGGUCGCUGCCUUCCCUGUCGCCUGCUUCAGCCAAAGGCCCAGAGACAAAGAUUCUGGUGGCUGAAGACAACCCUGUCAACGUGAUGGUGCUGCUCUCCAUGCUCAAGCGCCUGGGCCUGCGAGCCACAGUGGCCAAGAACGGUGUGGAGGCGUUGGAAGCGGUGCGCAGGGAGCGGUUCGACCUGCUGCUGUCGGACCUCUGCAUGCCUCUCAUGGACGGGCUGCAGGCAGCCUAUUUGAUUCGGCAGUAUGAACGGACCGGAGUGUAUCCAGAGGAGGAGGUGGAGCGAGCAAAGCACAGGGGAGCGCCAGCAGAGGAUGAGAAAGCUGGAAUUGCCUGGCAGCCCCCCUCCAACCUCCCCCUCUCCUCACGCCGAGGGGUCCUGCCUCGCCUCCCCAUCAUUGCCGUUACCGCAAACGCUCUUAAAGAGGAUGAAGAGCGGUGCUAUGCGGUGGGAAUGGACGGGUUCCUGGGGAAACCGGUGCAGUUUCCAAAGCUGAAAGAAGCAAUUUCUGAGUUUAUAGAACUCCCUGGGUCACGAUUGCUGCAAGGAGCCGGGAGUGGUGUGAGUGGGGGAGUUGGGAGAGGGGGAAUUGGGCAAUCUAACCCCAAUUCAGGGGCACCGGGAGGGUUAAUAUCCAUGGGGAGCGGGGUAGCAGCGCUGCUCGCAGGUAUCCCCCCACAAGCUGCCGGAGCCGCCGCCCCUGGCUUUCCCGCCCCUGGAUUCCCCGCCCCGUCCAAGCUCUCAGGCGGAGUUCAGCGUCUCGUAGUGCCCGCCCGGCCAAGCAGCUACAGCGAAUCAGGGUCGGUGAGCGGGAGCAUGACCUACACGGGGGAUGAGGAGGAUUAUCAAGGGGAAGAGGGGGAAUUCGAUGAUGAGUACGAUGAUGAGUAUGAUGAUUACGAGCCGACUGUGUAUUCGCCUAGGUGUUACCGGUGUUACUGGUGUUACAGGAGUAACGGGAGUAACUGGUAUGACUGGUGUUACUGGGGCGACGAGGGGUGGGAGGAGGAGGGGUAUGUCUAG